UUUUGGUCCAGGUUAGGUUUUGUCACUGACUUAACUUUGGACUUUGUGGGACUGCAUGUUGUGUUGAAGGAGGGUUUGACCAGCUGAACAAUGGGGCAGCAACAGUCAAGAGGAGGCUGACCCGUAGCGGCGCACGGAAACGCACACUGCUCCUAAAGGGCAAAGGCCAGCUGCGGGAAGGUCCAGAUGUGCGCCUUGACCGCCCCCCAACCACCCACCCACCCGGUACCCCACUCCAACUCUCACACAACCAGACGAUCACAUUUUUCUUUUUCCUUGUAUUGUCAGGCGGCGGAGGGGGUUUGUUUUAUUCUGAAAAUGCGACACACAUACCUGCCACUGAAACAGCGACAGCCCAAAAGAGCCGCGGGCGCUACAAUGCUAAUGUUGUCGGGGGCUUUGACUUCUCCCAGCCAUUGCAAAGACGCCGCUCCGUGUGACAGCCACGGCAGCCCCGCUCUUCCCCCGGUGCUCGCUAUAUAUCCAUCUCCACCGCAUUUUGGCAGGUGUGUUGGAAAGAAGAAGAAGAAGAGGAGGAAGAAAAGAAAGAAAGAAAGAAAGAAAAAGCCCGACCGCGUCCUAUCUGUUAACCUUAAACCCCUCCGCGCGGUUAAAUGGACGAGACGGAUAUCAUGGACUUAACGCAUCAGAAGGCGAGAAAGCGACCGCGUCCAAUCAGUUCCGUGGAUGAGUCCGUGCACGCUUCCCUCAAACGGCUCCCGAUCCGAGCGUCGGAGUGCAGGGAGCCCUCACUCAUGUUCGCAGUCAGAGGAGAGCCUGCUCCCGCAGCGUCUCUCAAGCAAAAUGACCACUCGGUGACUUCAUCUCCAACCACAGUGAUGCCGGCGCAGGAUAAUCGCUCCAGCAUGUCCAGGCCCAUGAUCACACGGUCGCCAGUGUCUCCCUUGAGUAACCAGGGCAUCCCCACACCUGCGCAGCUCACCAAGUCCAACGCCCCUGUGCACAUCGACGUGGGAGGACACAUGUACACCAGCAGCCUGGCCACCUUAACAAAAUUCCCAGAAUCCCGAAUUGGUCGCCUCUUUGAUGGCACAGAGCCCAUAGUCCUGGACAGCCUGAAGCAGCACUACUUCAUUGACAGGGAUGGACACAUGUUCCGCUACAUCCUCAACUUCCUCAGGACGUCCAAGCUCCUCAUCCCAGAUGACUUCAAAGACUACAGUCUGCUGUACGAGGAGGCGCGGUACUUCCAGCUGCAGCCCAUGCUUGCCGAGCUGGAGCGCUGGCGCCAGGACCAGGAGCUGGGCCGGGUGUCGCGCCCCUGCGAGUGCCUGGUGGUGCGCGUCGCCCCCGACCUGGGUGAGAGGAUCACGCUCAGCGGGGACAAGGCCCUGAUCGAAGACGUGUUUCCAGAGAUCGGCGACGUCAUGUGCAACUCGGUCAACGCCGGCUGGAACCAUGACUCCACGCAUGUCAUCCGCUUCCCGCUCAAUGGGUACUGCCACCUCAACUCUGUCCAGGUUCUAGAGCGUCUCCAACAACGUGGCUUUGAGAUUGCCGGCUCCUGCGGUGGAGGCGUGGACUCCUCCCAAUUCAGUGAGUACGUCCUGAGGAGGGAACUGAGGAGGACAGGUCAGCGAGGACCCAAUUCAAACAGGAUAAAGCAAGAGCAGCUGGACUAGAAUCCUCCCGAGCAGUAGGAGGUGCUAGACUUUCCUGUGGCAGCAAAAACGCUCGAUGCUACAGAGCUCUGUGGACUCUGGUUUUCUUCGUUUCCUUGUUGAUGUUUUUGUUUUCUUAAACUUGAGAACCAUCUAGAGAAUUAAAAAAAAGGAGAUUUUUGCCAUAAGAAGAUACAAGACAUUUGAUAAGUUUGAGAUUGCAAGGACAUUUGUGAUUGUCUAGCCCCCAUAAAACAAUUUAAAAAGGAUUUAUAUACGCUGGAUCCCCAAACAAAGUUUGUUUUAAAACUUGGAGCCUACAUUAGGUUGAAUAUGAUUUCUAUUAUUCCCAUAUAAAUUAAAAAGGCUUUUAUCGCUUAUGUAGUACGUUGCAUAGCUUGUCACCAGUGACUUGAUUUUGUUGUCUCACUGGCAAAUUGGCUAAGUCUGUUUUUAUCCCUCGCUGUAAAAAGGUCACUAAUGUGUUGCUUACAGUACAGAAUGUCUCAGUUGUCAUAAACAGUUAGUUUCAAAAAGCAUCUUUUUUCACAAUUAACAUGAUGUUGAAUAUUGUGAUACAAAUGAAGUGGGGUUUUUUUUGUUUGUUUGUUUUUACUUUAAUGGAAGUUAUUUUAUUGGAUUAUGCCAUAAAAUAUAGUUGACAUAAGUAUCAUCAAAAUUUAACAUCAAAGACCAUUCUAUACACAAUAAAGAAAAUAAUUUAGUAAAUUAUUAUGUCACACCAUUUGCCUCAUUGGGGAGUAUGAACUACUAACCCCCAUGUGCUACCUUGGGAAUUAUUUAAUUGGUUCAUUAUAUUCCUCUGAGUGAUGACCUGUAAAUUUUUCAUUGUAUAUGUGUUUGUGUUUUUUACAUCAAAUCUUUUUAAAGCAAAUUUGUUGCCUCAGACAUGACUGAACAGAUUAAAAGCUUAUUGUACCACCCACUCCAAGAUCACUUUUACUUGUAGCACAUAUUGAUAUGAAGUUGGAUAUAAAGUAUUUCUAAGAUGACUGACCCACCUACGCUCCCUAGAUUUGAGUAAAGAGGAAUGUAGCAAAAAAUGUGAAAUAAAUCUCAACUAAAGUUGU